AUGAGUCCCKGUUGCAAUUGGUGCUGUCCGUGCUUCAGGUGCGCUACUAGCCACUGCGAGAUCGCCGAGCACGAGGCACAACACGCGGCGCAGGUCUUCAAUGCCGGACCUUCUGCGCGCCGCAUCGUCGUGCACACCCGCCAGCUGCUGAAAACUGCAGUCGAGCAGAACAUUGUGCCGCCCGCCAACCUCACCGGCUCUGAGUUGGCCCGUCAUUUGCUUGAAGAAGGAAUCUCUCUCACGCCAGAGUUAGAGGUCUACGGUGAGCAAAACUAUCAGCCGGCAUGUCUCACCACGAUCCCCGAUGAGAUUCUUCAGCAUAUCAUGUCCUACGUAGUCGCCCUUGACUGCGACCCGGGCGAAUAUGAGAUCUUCCCACACCGUGCGGCCAUCCACCCAGAAAUCUUCGGCUAUAGUAUACCCAUUCUAGGUUGGGGCCGCCAGGACGGCAAGAUCAACGCAGCGAGGGCAUCGCAGGCCCUCUUCCGGGCUGCGCUCGCCACACUGCUCGAAGAAGACAUCAUACGCUUCGAGAUCGGAGACGCGCCGGAUUGGAUGACUUCAGGUUAUUACGGUUCCAAGUGUUACUCAGACGUGUUCCUCAGUCAACACAUCGCUCCUCCUACUGCAGGCUAUCUGAUCAAAAUCAGACACAUGAGUCUGGAGUACUCUGAGCCAAUGCGGUUUGAGGAGGAGUCUCAUGCGCAGCUUCUCAGCGAAACCAUGGACGCGAUAUCGAACGUUGUGAAGGUGUGCCCUGGAUUGCGGACGUUGCAUUUGCGCGUUCCAUGGAUCCUCAUGCCCAUCCACCGCGAGUGGAAUGGAGGCGAGUCUACAAUGUCGAACGAACACGAGACUACGAAGAACACCAUUGUUCAGAUAGCCUCCAAGCUUCACGCCCUACCCAUCAAGAAGGUCGUUCUUGACCUUGACUGGUGGCCGGAUUACAACACGGUCUUCGACAAUGAGAUUACCUUUAAGGUCUACUGCCGCGCUGAGGACUUCGAGGAUACUGCAUUGGCGACCUACGAGAAGUACUUCGGACCAUUGCAAGCGGAGGAAGGCUUCAGCAGCUGGCGCGACAGGGCUCAGGCCAUUCGCAAAGUCAUUGGUCCGCCGACGUGGGAGGAAGUGCAUCCAAUCUGUCAGGAUUGA